GUUUAUUUGCCACGGUGUAAUCGUAUUUUCUGGCCAUCCGCUUGAUUUUCCAAAUCCGUGGAUUGCAGUGGGGUGGCUAAAAUCAAUUUGGCAGUUAUCACUGCAAAUGGACGACCGUGUUUGCCCUGGUUCAAUAUGAUUAAAGCUGAUGACCGCCAUGGACUUGCACCUGCAAGUGCAGUUGGAUGUCACUAUAAAUAGUGGAGAUCCGAAAAAGUGCGGACGCAGUGCAUCAUGAAGACGUUGACGGAAAGCAGGCGGCGCUACAGUGGUUCCUUGGCGUGCAAAAAGGAUUCCCAAUCGGAUGACGAUGAGAAUACCAUCUGCAGCAGGGCGGCCAUCAAGAGGAGUGUGGUUUACUACCUGAAGAACAGCACUCUCCAUGGAUUAAAGUACAUCGCCGAGGAGAGCAUCACUAUUCCGGAACGAAUCUUUUUUGGUCUUGCCUUCGUGCUGGUGGUGAUCCUUUCCGGGUUCUUCAUAUCCAACGUGUACGUGAAGUGGAGUGCCUCGCCCAUAAUCAUUUCCACCAGUGCCAAGCAAAAGUUAACCAGCAACAUGCCUUUUCCGGCGAUCACGAUCUGUAAUCUCAACCAGGCGCUGCUCAGUAAGGUGGAUCGCAUUGGCCGGACCAGUACAAAUUUCUCGCUGCUGAUGGGUCUGUGUGACCAGGGCGGGGACACGACCAUCUCGUACAUAGGUACCUGGAAGUACUUCAAGGCGAUCCUGGUGGACGUGGCCCAGCCGUGCGAGAAAAUGCUCCUGUACUGCAGCUUCGGAUCGCGGGAGGAGGACUGCUCCGGGCUCUUCACCUCCAUACUGACGGACGAUGGGCUGUGCUGCAACUUCAAUGCCCUGCAUCCGUCGUAUCUUAUUCGGAAUUAUAGUGACGAUGUGCGGCUGGAGACGGCUCAUCCGAAUACCCGCUAUGAGCCAAUCGAUUGGACACCAGAGAAGGGUUAUGCUCGCAACUUACCCGAGUUCUACUUUCCGCGCACCUCGGGUGGCACGGGAAUCCGCAUGGGUCUCACCGUUGUACUGAACGCCUCCAUAGCGGAGUACUACUGCACCAAAUCCAUGAGUGUGGGUUUCAAGGUCCUCGUUCACAAUCCCGCCGAACUGCCGAAAGUGAGCAACUAUGGCUUCGUUGUAACCGCGGGACGCGAGGCACGGAUUCCCAUCGAACCUGUCUAUGAGGAUGCCCUGCCUACGAUACGGUCGAUCAAGAAAUCAGUGCGCCGCUGCGUCUUCUCCGAUGAGAAUGACUUGGCCUAUUACCGGACAUAUUCGCGUAAGAACUGCGAGCUGGAAUGCGAGGCAAAGUUGUUGCUCCGCGAGUGCAGCUGUGUGCUGUACUACCUCCCCCGGAUCGAUCCGCUGGCCAGGGUGUGUGGCCCCAACGAUAACCAAUGCACGAAUCGGGUCCAAACCGAGAUUGAGUCCUCGCUGACGAAUCUAUCCUGCGAGAGCUGCUGGCCGGGAUGCUUUGAGCUCACCUACAAGGCCACACUUUCGACGGCUUCGAUCGUUUCGGACCCGAGAUUUCAGGCCGGCGAGAAUCUACCCGACUAUAUCUUCCACGGACCAUACAGCAAUGCCAGCGAGAUUUCGAUCCUGCACUUCUACUACAUGACCAACAUAUUUCGCAGCACCACCAAGUCCGAGAUGUUUGGCUUUACCGAAUUUUUGUCUAAUACGGGCGGUCUCUUGGGACUUUUCAUGGGCUUCAGCAUUUUCUCGGUGAUCGAGAUCUUCUUCUACAUCACUGUCCGUCCGUACUGCGCCUCCCGGACACUUCGGCAGCGUCACAAACGCCGUCAGGAGCAGCUGCGCUGGCUGACUCCCAUCCGUAUACCAGUCCGCAGAGCUAUGCGCCGCAACCGGGGUGGUCUGCUCCGGAAUCCCCCGCCGCCGCCCUACAGUGACCUGCAGAGGAACCGCGGGAAACUGGACAAACCGGUGCCGGGCAAGAGGAAACUUUGGCGGGCGCUGCAAGUGCGGCCAGUGGAUCGGGUGGAUGCGGAACUCCCCACCUAUCCUUACUUGGACUAGGUUUAUGUGUUAAAGAUGUAUGCACGGGAAAAAACACGCUUUCACUGCAUCGAAAACCAAAAAAGUAGCUUGAAAGCAAUGGAAUUGCUUCAUAAUUGGUAAUUAUUGAAGGACAAAUUUUGAAGGUAAGAUGCGAUACCUUGUUUAAAACUAAAGAAUACAAAGGCACAGCGCUCAAAGAUAGAAAUACAUCAAUUGACUGGAUUUUCUCUCUCUGUUGCCACGUUUCCUAUCUUCUUAUUUAUUGUUCUUCUUGCAUAGUCGAAUGUUUAUGGCCCAGAAAACAGUACAACAAUAAAUAAAUCCACGGCAAAGACAACAAAAAAAGGGCAACGAACGCCGAAUCCAUGGGUAAAAUGACCUCAGUUGCCACUGAAAAAAAAUUAUAUCUGUUUGAAGAAACUUCUUGUAAAAGAACUUCAAAGGACGACAUGUAUUUGCCUUGCAGUUCUAAAUUAAACCUCCAUUUGAAAGUUAAGUUCAUAUUGAAAGCACUGUACUUACAUACCAACUUUUUCGCUGCGUGUAGACAGGGAAAAACGGGGCUGCGCCGGAAAUUUGGACUGCGCCCUCUGCUUUGCGGAUAUCAGCUAAUGGCGCUAAUCGCCACGCGACUCCAAUUUUAAUUGAUACCGAACUCAGUUUCUCCCGCUGCCCAUACGAAGCAAAAAAAUAAAUAUUUUUUG